UGUGGCUCCAGCGAUUUUGGUGUGAACCAUCAGCCAGAAAUAUUCUCAUUCUGUGUCUGCGACUUCAACUUGCAGCGCGAGUUGCUCUCUUAGUCUAAUCGCGCGCUAAGCUGCUGACAAAAAGGCAAAAGGUGCAUAGCUUUGAUUAUUAGAGCGCAGCAGCGCACGGGGAGCUGCAGACAGUGAGCCUCAGAGUGCUGCAUUGUAGUUGCAGCAACAUUUUCUUAGGAAGCGCAGACACAAAAUCUUGACCACGUUUGCGAAAAACUGAGAACAGAGCCACGCAUCCGGCCGAAAAGAAGCAACACGUCUGUUGUCGUGUAUUAUGCAAACUAGAUGGACGAUAACUAAACAGAUAAGUGCGACUGUACAACUGUACGUGUACAAAUUGCAGGCAGUGUAAGGCAAUUUAUGUAGCAGGUAGCAACUUGGGCCAGCCAGAGGCUGCAACUUGCAACAGCUGGCGCAAGGAUUAGCUAAGUAACUGCAACUACCUGUGGGUGGGUGCAUGCGAGUGCUACCUGUACAGUGGUUACAGCUUUACCUGUACAGCAUAUAAAAUUGCUGUCAAACUAAGCAGCAGCAACAUUCAGUCAACAAACGUCAAACGUGCAACAAGCAAAACAAUUUCAGUGUGUCAAACAUAAAAAUAUUGAAAAAAUGAAUUUGGCAAAUUUGCAAACAGUUUUCUAUAAGAAAGCAUCGGAGGCGCAGCGCAGACCGCUGCCAACUGAGCUGCCACCCAAUUAUAUAGACAAUCUGCAUAUUAUAUUCUUUGAGCAGAUAUUCGAGCAAAUCGAAUAUCUAAGCGAUCAAGUGCGCAUGGCACGCGCCUAUCCGCAGUUUCUGCCGCAAAUAUUGAAGCUAUGGAUGAAGCGUUGGCAUAAUCGCAUAGUUGGACCCAAUACUGCAUUUCUGCUGCUGCUGGAUAUAGAGGAUUAUUGCUUCUUUAUGGAGCACAUGCAUCCGCUGUUCACCGAGCUGCAUCUACACGAGGAAGGCGUCGCUUACUUUGCCGAAUUCUAUGACUAUAUAAGACAUUUGUCUGAUAUUAAUAUACGCUGCUUUCCCAGCGUUGAAACCUGCGUGCUUGCGGGCAAUCCCAAGAGCAUUGUGGAUGAUGAUUUGCGUGACUUGGUUAUGAUGCUGCCGAAUCUGAAGCGCUUGACUAGCUGCAUGAAUCUCUCAGGCGCUUAUUUGUUUGCGUUUAAGAAACUGGAGCAGAUUACGCUCAAGUCCAUGUAUCAUUCCAUACCGCUGGACAGUCGCUGGAUACAGGAAAUGUGCUUGGACAUGAAGCAGCUGCGUCUGCUGGACAUUACCGACAGCUUCGACAGCAGCGUGCGUCUCACUGACAUCAAGCUGCCCAAUCUGGAGGUGCUCAAGCUUAAUCUGAGCAGCAUUGAGAACAUAUUGUCCGAGGUGCUGCAGCUGCCCAAGCUGCGCAAGUUGGCUGUGCGCUUUGAUGACUCACGCCAACUGGCUGCGGAUCAGGAGACCAUAUUCCAGCAGAUUAUUGUGGCCAAAAGUGAUUGCAUUACGCGCAUUGCUUUGAACAAUGAGGUGGUGCAGCUGCCUGCGCGUUGGCAACACGCGCUGCUGCUGGAGCUGCCCAAGCUGCGUUCGCUUGUAUGCGAGAAUUGGUUCCAUGAUGUAUUCUUUCUGGAUCGCCAGCACAUACCCUGCGAGCAAAUGAAGGUGCUCAGCUUUAGCGGCUGGGAGAUAGUGCGUGAGCCUCAAAUGCUUGCGCUGGUGGGCGAGUGUCCAAAUCUUGCGCAUCUGGCGCUCAAUCAUUAUCACAGCCAUGUGAACAAGCUGCACAAGCUCAACGAGCUGCGCAUGCGUGAGCGCUACAAGGAGCCACUGCUGGUGUUCAGCGAUGCCAUGUGGACAAUGCUGCAGCCCGCCGAGUACAAGCAUUGGCGCAAUGAAAAGUUUGUGCAAGUUACUUGCGAUGCCAGCGUCUAUGAAUAUCAAGAAGAUGGCUUCGAGUUUGACUUUGUCUAAAGCGUUGCUCAACUACAGUUGUACAUAUGUCUAGAUUUGUAUAUAUUUGAUUUUUUAAUAAAACAAGC